AUGGCGGAGAUGGAGCCGAGCAACGGGGACCAUAUGGCGGAGGACCAACCGACUCCAGCCGCGUCCGCCGCCGAGGAGGCCGCCAUGGACGCAGAUACCGGCGGCGAGCGGCGUAGCGCGGCCGCGUUGGUGGGCCUGCUUCGCGGAUUCCUCGCCGUGCAGCAGCGCCGGGCCGAGGCCUACUCCACGCUACGAAGGGGUUUUUCUGAGUACAUGGCUAAUGGAGGUGAAUUGGCCUAUCAACAACUGUGUGGCAAUAUUACAGCGGAGUUCAAUGAUUGCUCAAAACAAGUCCUUGAAAUAAUUUCCCUGCUCUCAAUGCCAGAAUUUAGUCGUAACGAUCUUGCCGAUUUACUGAAGGGUGUUCAAGCACACGAGAAAGAGAAGUUGCAUUUGACAGCGAAGAUUCAGGUGCUGAAGAAAGCCGGCAGGCCUUCAGAGCGCCUGGUGAACCACGAGGACUGCAGGUCGCGCAGCAUGGCCCAGCACGUGUGCGUGCACGUCAAGGAGAUCACGGAGGCCGCCGGCACCGAGGAUGCCGAGGCAGACGCGGAGUAUGACGCCGCCCUCAAGGAGGCCAUACAGGGCGUGCAGGAGGCCGUGACCAGCAUAAACGAACACAUGGAGGAGGUGCGCUACGAGAUUGACGGACUCGAGGCGGAGACGAUCGGUAGCAAGUGGAGCGAAGUCGAGGAAGCGUUCCCUGGUACCCUUUCUAUAAAAUAG